GGAGUUUGAACCUUAUGAUGUGUAGAAGACAAUUCAAGACAAAAGCCAGAAUACAAGGAUUGCCUGAGGGAUAUUGCUGACAUGCUGUACUGUUUGGAUGCAAGGCAGACCCAUGGUAUGAGACUCAAGAAGACAAAUUACUGAAAGAUGACCUUCACACAAGCAACUGGUGAAAGAGCACCGACAACCAACAUGCCCCCAACCCAGAAGCCCUCCUUUGGGAGCAGCACCCUGGUCACUGUGGAUAUUGUGGUCCUGGUUGUCUACUUCCUGCUGAUUCUGGCUGUGGGUUUCUGGUCCAUGUGGAGAACGAAGCGCAGCACAGUGGAUGGAUACUUCUUAGCUGGCAAGAGUAUGACAUGGUGGCCAGUUGGGGCCUCACUGUUUGCCAGUAACAUUGGCAGUGGACAUUUCAUCGGUCUGGCCGGGUCAGGAGCUGCAGCAGGAAUUGGGGCGAUAGCUUAUGAAUGGAAUGGAAUGUUUAUGGUGUUGCUGCUCGGAUGGCUCUUCCUGCCCAUUUACAUUUCUUCUGGGGUUACAACCAUGCCAGAAUAUUUGCAGAAGCGCUUCGGUGGAAGAAGAACGCAGUUAUUUAUAGCCGUCCUGUCCCUGUUUAUUUACAUCUUUACAAAAAUAUCGGUGGACAUGUAUGCAGGUGCUGUGUUCAUCCAGCUUGCUUUGAAAUGGAAUAUCUACCUGGCCGUGGUGCUGCUGCUCGCGGUGACUGCCCUGUACACUGUAGCAGGCGGUCUUGCUGCAGUUAUCUACACUGAUGCAGCUCAAACUGCAAUCAUGCUGGCCGGAGCUCUCACCCUCAUGGGUUUUAGUUUUGUUGAGGUUGGAGGUUGGGAUGCGCUGAUGGAGGGAUAUUUCACCGCCAUUCCCUCGGUCCGUGUCCCCAACUCGACCUGCGGCAUCCCUCGAGAUGACGCUUUUCACAUAUUCAGAGACCCGGUGCACUCUGACCUGCCCUGGCCUGGUGUCAUCAUCGGCAUGUCCGUCCCCUCCAUGUGGUAUUGGUGUUCAGAUCAGGUGAUUGUGCAGCGCUCUCUGGCUGCAAAGACUUUGACCCACGCUAAGGGGGGGUCUCUUCUGGCUGCAUACCUGAAAUUUCUGCCUUUCUUUGCCAUCAUGCUCCCUGGGUUGAUCAGCAGGAUCCUCUACACAGAUGAAGUGGCAUGUGCAGACCCUGACCUGUGUAAACAGAUUUGUGGGAACUCAGUGGGCUGUUCAGACAUUGCAUAUGCCAAACUGGUUAUGGAGCUUCUCCCUGCAGGACUGCGAGGACUCAUGAUGGCGGUGAUGAUUGCUGCUCUCAUGUCGUCUCUGACCUCCAUCUUCAACAGCUCCAGUACCAUUUUCACCAUGGAUUUAUGGAAGACCUUCAGAUCUCGUGCUUCUGAAUGGGAGCUCAUGAUUGUGGGGAGGGUGUUUGUGCUCGUCCUGGUGGCGGUGUCAGUGCUCUGGAUUCCUGUCGUCCAGGCCAGUCAGGGUGGCCAGCUCUUCAUCUACAUCCAGUCCAUCAGCACCUACCUGCAGCCCCCUGUAAGCAUCAUCUUCCUCAUGGGCUGCUUCUGGAAGAGGACUAAUGAGCAAGGAGCCUUCUGGGGUCUCGCUAUUGGUCUCACAGUGGGCUGCAUACGCAUGUUGUUGGACUUCAUCUACCCUGCACCACUGUGCUUUGAAGAGGACGACAGACCCGGUGUGCUGAAAUACGUUCAUUACCUCUACUUCUCCAUGCUGCUGUCCUUCAUCACCCUGGCUGUGGUUGUUGUAGUCAGUCUGGCUACCGAGGAGCCCAGUCCAGAACAGAUAAGUCGUCUCACCUGGUUCACAAGGUUUGAUCCGGUGAAGCCAAAAGAGCAAGAGAUCCCAGAGGAACACAGACGUACAGAAAGCAGAAACGGACAAGCUGUCGAUCAAAGGAGAGACUCAGCUUCGUCUGUGUCCAGUCCUCCCAGUCAGUCCAGGUUCAUGUCUGCCAUCUACUGGUUGUGUGGGAUGGAAAGACGAAGUGAGGCGGACAGCAACACUGUGGCCCCGGCUGCGCCUGAGCAGAUCAUCUGCACUCUGGAUGAAAAGCCAAGUCUACGGCACCUUGUCAACGCCAACCUCAUCAUUUGCCUCUCGGUAACGGUCUUCAUCAUCGGCUACUGGGCUUGAAGGGAAGAACUCUAAACUUUAUGAAAGUAUUCCUAUCCCCUCAGACUGUUUCACUAUGCAACCACAAACUUCAAUGUAUUUUAUUGGAUCCUUAUGGGAUAGACAAAUAUGAAUGAAAACAUUUUACAGCAUGGCCUGCAUUUCUAUUCAGCUCCUCCCCUUACUUUGACACCCCUAAAUUAAAACCGAUUGCCUCUAGAAGUUUGCCAAUUAGUAAACAGACUGGUGUGUGAUUUAAUCUCAGUAUAAAUCUGUUCAGUGAAUGCCUAAGAGCUUUAUUAGGGAACAAACAGGAUCAUAAACAGCAAGAAAGGGGGCAUGGCCUAAAGUUGUGGAGAAGUUUAAAGCAGGUUUAGAUUAGCUUUGAACGACUCAUGGAGAAGUUUAAUCUAUUACAUGACAAUAAGGAGUACGGCACAACCAACACCCACUAGCACCAUGGGAAUACACAGCAGUGGCAACAUAAUACUGUGGGAAUCCUUUUUUUCCAGCAAUGACAAAUGAGCUUUGGAAAUACAGUUGGAGAAAAUCUUUGUGAUAUUUUACAUAUUAUAAUAAUGCAAGUCUCUAGUUGUGAUUGAUAGUUUACUCAUCAUUUUCUUCCUAUUUCAUUAUUAUUUUACUUUGUGCUGGUCAAUGGUAAAUAAACUUAAUUUAUAAAGCCCUGUUCGCAUUCAAACACAGAUAUUCACAAACAGGUGAUCAGUUUAGCACACAAUCUGGGGUUAAAUGACAGAGGAGAAAACUGGAAUCAAGCCCACAACUUUAAGACUGAAGCACCCAUUUUAUCCAUUUAGCUGCAGUCGCUCAUAAAAUGCACUGAACUAUUUGGUCAUGUGGCUGUGAAAAUGUUUGAGGUGGUACAAAUGCUGCAAAUAUAAAAUAUGUACAUAUUUUAAUAUAUAAUGUUAACCUGGAGUUAGCCGAAAUUAACCAGAAUAGUGAUAUUUUGUCCUCUAAAAUACUGUUUCUAUGUAUUAUUUGUAAACUGAAUUAUAUUCAAAGUAAAGCCCAAAGAACAAUCCCAUGAGUUCACAUUUAGUGUUUUUUUUUAUACGUCUUACUGGGUAAAUACCUGUAUUUGCAACCUUUUUUCUAAAGAUUUGAAUAAAACUAAUUAUAUAGAACAAUGAUGCAUGGUGUGCCGAAGAGUAGAAAAGACCACAAACAAACUCGUAGUAAAUUGUACUCAAAGAAAAAAAAAAUAAAGAUUUUAAUGGUUUUUCUGUAUUUGGUCGAAGCUUUGA